GCAGCUGCAGCAGAGCCACUUGUCCCGGAGGUGGCCCCAGAACCAGUUUCGGAGGCAGACCUCGCAGCGCUGAAAACCAGGCAGGAGGAGGGGCAAAGCUGCGAAAGCCUGUUUUUGAAGGUUUUGGCUGAAUUUUUGGCUGAACUACAGAUGGGCGACAAGAAGCCAAAGGAUUUCUGGAACCCAGAAAUAGAUGACGGCAGGGACUACCUGCAAGAAGCAAGAGAUCAAUUCGCAGCAGCCGGCGGACACCUAGGGCAGACAACUGCACUUGAUCCGGACAUUUGGACGGUACUUAUUCUUGGUCUCUUAUUCUUUUAUUCGCAAAUUUGUAAUUUUUGUUCAUUUUGUUUUGUCACCGGUUUACAAAAAAAAGGACAAUGCAGUGAAAGUCGACAAAGCAAGCAAGACGGCUCGUAUUGAUCCCCAGCUAUGUUUCUUUGUAGUCGAUGCUCCAUCAACUUCGGAGCGGGCAUUUUUUGGUGUCAUAGUACUUGGAGAUCAUGUUUAUUUCGCUUUGCUUCCUAGACACACUUCCUUUCCUUUGCACUUCCAGGUUGCAACGAUUAUGACCAUGAUGCCACACUGUUAUGGAAAUUUUCGUGCCUUCGAUUUGCGAGCCAUGAAUAGUUGGCCAUGGUUGGAGAUUGAUGUUUACGAAACAAACCGGUUGCAGACGACCCAGUGCCUGCCUGCAGAAGACGAGCCCUUUUUCAAACACGUGUUAAACUUUUUUCACGAACGAAUUCCAAGCACCACGAACUCUGCGUCCACAUCUCUCGUAGUCUGGGAACACCCUUUGAUUUUGGUUCCGGAGCGUCUUGAACCGGACGGGCGAGGCGGGUGGACUCCCAUUUCUGCCAACGUCUCCGAGUCUGGUCGUGUGAUUCAUGAGGAGCGAUGCCGCAUCGG